CUCCAUUUCCCGCCAUACGUCCCCGGGCAUCGCCAUGCGGUAGAGUGGAAUUCGCUCUAUUCAGUCAAUUCGUCCACGUUUCGGAACAUCCAGUGAGGUUCUUUGCAACCUCUCCGGCCGCAAUGGCCUCCCAACAAGCCGCAAAGCCCUUGCACAAGAAGAUCUUGGACCCGACCAAGAUUCCGACCUGGAAAGUCGCUCGUCGCCCGCCGAUUGAGAACCACAGCAUCAUCCAGGGCAAGCCUCGUGAACAGAACUCCAAUGCCUUCAAGGAUCAUCAGUCGAAAGAGGGAACUCGGCUACGGAAGGCCCUGAACGCCAUCACCCACGGCAAGAACAUUUUCGUUUACCACAACAUUCGCACCAACCAGGUGGUGUACUCGUUGACGCGGUAUCUGGAGAAAAACAGCGUCCUCCGCCAGCUCGUCUACCAUGGCAAGAAAACCAUCCCCGCCACUGUCCGAAAAGAUAUGUGGGUUCCGUACUACUCGGUGCACUUCAACGACUCCAAGAUCGGUCUUCGCGCGUACCACCUGCUCCGAGAAUUCGCCAUGCAGCGGCAAUUGUCCCCGCCCAAGGAAAUGAUCACCGUCAACCAAGAGUACCUCGACCAGAAGCGUCCCCGGGACCCCGAGCAGGCCAAGGAGUUCGACGAGAAGCACAAGGGCAGGAUCGGCUGGUUCAUGGAGAAGAAAGAGCGCGCUCGUGUCUUGAUGGACCAGAAGGCCACCAGCGUUGCCGACAUCGCUGCCGUCAUCGAGAUUCAGGAGAGCGAGUUGAAGGACGGCUUUGCCAAUGGCCUCCGUGGUUACCUCACUCCCUCGGCUCGACGACGCCGGAGACAGGCUCGGCAGAAGGAACAGGCCAAGGCUGAGGAGCAGGCUGCGCGCGUGGCCAACUUCGAACAGACCUUGAGCACGAACCAGGUCGAGUACAAGAUCCAGGAGAUCGAGGACAAGACGGGGGCGUUGGAGAACAACGGCGUGAAGAUCCUCUGGACUGAUAUCCACGAUGCCCGACGGGCCGAGUCUUGGUCGGAUCGCGUCCAGCACGGUGAGCUGGAGCUGUCCCGCGACCACGUCAUGCCUGGACAGAAGCGCAACUACGACCAGGAAGUCCUGGCUGACAGCAGCUUCGAGGAGAAGAAGGCCUAAGCCUAGGCUGAGGAAAUAGUGCGAGUGGGUCGUAUGGAUGUCUAUAUUUGAAAGAUGUGUCUUUAUGUAUCGCAUUAUACAAAUUUGUACUUUUAGAUACUUAGCUUUCCUUGUGUUCUGGAAUGAUCAAUGGCGUUUAGCAGAC